AUGACCCAAUCCCUUGCCAACCUUCACCGACAUGUUUCGGAGAGUCGCACACGGAAGCACCAGAACGAGCUCGAUCGCCACAAAAAACGUACAGGUAUUCGUCAGGCUAAUUUUGAGGUCGGCGAUUUGGUUCUCGUGGCUGCUCGUGAAUCACACUCAGGAAGCAACUCGACGUCAAGUGGACGGGCCCGCGACGUGUCACUCUCUGUGAUUCUCAGCUUGUAUUUGAGGUUGAGGACCUCCUGA